UUUUUUAUGAUUGGCAACGCUACCACUAAAUCAGCUGGCCGGCAUUUUAGCACAGUCAGCUGCUUUCGCCUUUUGCCGCCGCUCGAACUCAGCACAGCACAAGCGGUGAACGUGACUAGCAAGAGAAAAACCAUCCGAUUGACGAGUGUUUAGCGCAACCUUCCAGUUCCAGUGCGCUCACUCCAUUGUGUUAUUCCAAUUUGAAUCAGUGACGCUUCGUUUGCCGUUCGCUGCAGUUCUCGCUCUCUCCGCCUGCUGACUGCCUUUCGCCUUUGUGUUCAUCAAGAAGCUCUCCAACGACAUGAGUCGACUCGAUAAAUUACUGCCUUGCUCGGUCAGGUUGUCCAAGAUUCUCGCCCAAUCUGGUGCUCAUGAUGUGCUCUGCGUUAUUGAUCGAUGUGUGCCACCAGAGCUGGCCGAUACCUUUGAGGAGCAUCGCAGCUUCGACAAGCAAUUCGAUAAAGUCAUCUCUUGCUUCAAGUCGCCACACCUCAAUCUGCCAGUGAUCUAUGCUCCCGUGUCGGAAUUAACCGACUACGCUGAUGUGCGUUGCUAUCAGAAGGCAGCAAAGCAAUCGCUGGAACGCGCGAUUAAGUCCGGUUUUAAAUCUCCCAUGCUGCUGGUGCCACAAAGCAAGCGUUUCAGCCAUGCCGAGCUCUGCACCGUGCUGGGCGCACUCGAGGAACUCUAUGUGCCCAUUCAAUUGCGCGAAGAUGUGCCCAACAAGAAGCAACGUAUCUCUUCGCUUUCAUUGAUGAUCGAUAGCCCCAAUGCCGAGGACAUCGUGAAGGAAGCUUUGGUAUUGGAGUCGGGUCGCUUUAUUGCACGCGACAUUGGCGUCGGAGAUCCCGAGCGCAUGGCGCCUCCCCGAGUGGAAGCUUAUGUGAAGCCUCUGUUCGAUAAGCUGAAGAUCAAGGUGAUCGACGAUGUGAACGAGAUCAAUCGCGAGUAUCCGCUCUUUGGCGCGGUCAAUCGUGCGGCCAACAAGGUGGAGCGUCAUCAGGGUCGCAUCAUCUAUCUAGAGUACACGCCACCCAAUCCGGCGCGCAAAACCCUCAUGCUGGUGGGCAAGGGUGUCACCUAUGACACUGGUGGCGCCGACAUCAAGGCCGGCGGUGUUAUGGCUGGCAUGUCGCGCGACAAAUGCGGUGCCGCUGCCGUCGCUGGCUUCAUGCAGGUGGUUGCUGAGCAGCAGCCCAAGGAUAUUCGCGUUAUUGGCGCCCUGUGCCUGGUGCGCAACUCUGUCGGCGAGGAGUGCUAUGUGGCGGAUGAGAUCAUCACCUCACGCGCUGGCGUGCGUGUGCGUGUUGGCAACACUGAUGCCGAGGGACGCAUGUGCAUGGCGGAUGCGCUGUGCCGCAUGAAGGAGCUGGUGGUGGAGGAGGACAUUCAGAAUCCGCACAUCUUCAGCAUUGCCACGCUGACGGGACACGCCUUCAUCUCGGCCGGCCAAGGACAAUCGAUCAUUGUGGACAACAGCGUGGCCGCCCAGGCGGAUCAUGCCCGCAAAUUGCAGGCAGCUGGUCAAGUCUACGGCGAACCUUUCGAGGUCUCAGUGUUGCGUCAAUGCGACUUCGACUUCAAUGCUGGCAAAGCGCUGGGCGAAGACGUUGUGCAGUGCAACAAUUUGCCAUCGGGUCGCACUCAGCGUGGUCAUCAAGUGCCUGCGGCAUUUAUGAUCCAGGCCACGGGUCUGGAUAAGCACGGUUUGGACUCGCGCAAGCCCAUCAGAUAUACGCAUCUGGAUAUCGCUGGCAGUGCUGGCGAGAUGCCCGAUAUGCCCACAGCAGCGCCCAUUGUUGCCUUGGUCAAGACCCAUUUGAUCGAUUAGAUCCAGUUAUAGAAUCCCGUCCACGGGUCGUACUUAUUCAACUUUAUCACAAAUUAUCCAAUGUAUGCAUCACGUUCUUAAUAUCACUGUGAAUAAACUAACGUCUCUUGUAUUGAAA